UAACUGAAGCAUUUGUGACCUUCCUGUAUGAGAUACCCAAGGUUUUCAGAACCAUGGAAUCAAUAGCGACUCACUUCGACAUAUCCCGAGUGUUUGACACAUCCGAGUUCAAGAAAGUUGUCUGCAUUAGUUCAAAAGUUAAAAGAUUUGCUGUGCACAAUGGAUAUUGUGAUUUAUUGAAUGUCUUUCAAUUUGAAAGAAAACCACAUUUCUAGCAUUGUACGAAAGGAGAUGCAACAUUUCAUCACUUGCUCUUACCACCAAAGAAGCACUGCAUUUUUUCAGCUACAAGUAGGCUAUACAUAAAUACUCUUUACAACAAAAUGGUUUUAAGUUUUAGAAAAUUUGCAUGCAUUUCAUAAAUGAGAUCUAAAUCUCAUGUAAUAUGAAAUGCAUGUAAAUUUUAUCAUACUUAAACAGAUUACAUGUAAUUUUUUAUGAAUAAUAAAUUUUGAUUAUCAAUUUUAUUUCACAAUUAUUAAAACCAUUCUUGAUAUUCUUAAUAAUGAAUUUCAAAUACAUGUAUAUUUAUUUUCUCCAUUGUACAAUCUGUAUAUUAUUUGUGAAAUGCAUUUACUGCAAAAAAUAAGCAACCUGUAUUAAGAGACCACCUGUCAUAUGUGACCGUUUUUUGAUUCUCCGUUGGACUGUCUCUUGAUAAAGGUUUGACUGUACAUACAUAUCCUGCUAUAGAAUUACAUCAUUUAUGGAAUCACAAAAGGAGGCUUUUUAAUGAGAAUUAACUAUAUACAAAUAAUGUUAACCCUAUCAUGCCGAGCCAUACAAUGAUUUUAAUAAUCAAUAUCAUAAAUUAUAGAUAAACUUAUCUUUUUUCCCCCUUAAUAAUCAUCCAAGCAAAUAGAGAAUAAGAUUUCUUGCUCAAAUUCUAUAGCCAUUUAAUGAUAUACAAAUUUUUCUUUCAGCAAAACUUGAUAUUCUUUCAAUAAUUAAUUUUUACAUUUAAACGAAUUUCUCCGAAAUAUUUAUGGCUUUUUGACAUUAAUACUGUAUCAUUUGCACACAAAUUAAACAGUAUAUAUGUCAAUCAAUAACUAGUGCCUGUGAAAGGCACUUUGAUAUUAAAGAUAGCAAUAAUGGUAUUCAAUAUUUAGCCAUGGGUGAAUCGGUUCAUCUGUAUAGCCAGUAAGUUAGGUACAGGACUUCAUCUACUAAAUAAUCAGAUACCCUUCUAUACAUAUUAGGUUGAUUUGACAAAUCCUGCAUCUGCAUGCGAGCAUUUUUUUUUUCUUUCUUCUGAAUAUAUACAUUCUUUAUAAUGGCUUCAUCAGUAUAAAAUUAACAUAGAGUGGUGCUAACAUUUCCAGAUGUUGAUAUAUAAUUUGGUAUAUAGUCCGAUUGGUAUUUAAACUAAAGUGUUUCUUUAAUUUUCAACCGGCAAUGAAGCAAACCUGACCCAGGGAUCACGUAACAAACUCGGACUAAAGUCAAAAUUUCAAUCAUCAGCAAGAUGUUCAUUACUUUUGAACUGAAACUCUUAAUUUGCAGGCAAAUAAUAUUAAGAUUUUGACUUAAGAUGUUACAUGAUCCAAAGAGGGAGGGGCAGAAGCCGUUCAAAUUUUGACCGAUGCUCCAAAAAUAAUGCAAUGGUUGUUGAACUUUGGACACUUAUCUAUCCAAGGAUAAAUAUAUAAUUUCAAGCUGUGAGAAAUUGCUCAGUUCCGAAUCCUUAGAAAUUCAUCAAAAUAUUGGCCCAGGGAUGAGGAUCAAAAUAAUUUGUCUGUGUUUUGAAGUCAUGGUAAUAAAGUUUAAAAAGUUCCGGUCUGUCUGCACCAGAACUCAGAGUUCUUGGAGGGAUGAAAGGAAGCAAAUGAUAAGAGAGGGUUUUUUAUCACUUGUGAAGGACAGAAGAUAUGGUACCAAAUGUAUGAUCAAGUGAGAAAACAGACAAACUGUUGAUCUUCUUUGUUACGGAAUAUAUCAUAUUCACCAUGUAGUGUAUGCGUUCAUAUUACAUGUAUGCUGUAGGAACCAAUAAUGACCCAAUAUCCUAGGUAUAACUGAAGAGCACCUGGUGGAUAUUUAAUCAAUGGAUUCAGAGAAUCACUGUGAAUAGUGUUAACUAAGAUGACUCAGUUCUAAUGCUAAGUCCCUGCAAAGUUCCCAUCAUGCUGCUUUACAAGCUAAGCUUUCUCCGAGCCUGGCAUUAUCAAUAAACUUUACUCCAAGGAGCUAGUUGGAGUGACUGAAAGAGUGAAUCUUCAUCGGAAUAGCACAGAAGCAAUUAACUUGAUUUUAUCAACAUGUGAUGAAAGGAUAUUAUAACCAUGUCACAAUGCGGUAAUUCACAUUGUUCUAACCUUCCAUGCUGAAGUGAGACCUAAUAUCAGAAUGAACGAUUCCAGUCAUGUCACUGGGUAUGUUGCCAGUAUCAAAAAUUUCUCAACAUCAGUGAAUUUCACCCCAUCGACUGGACCAGAGCUACUUCCUCCUAAGUGGGGGGUUUUGGCUAUAGUGCCGAUCGUGUUCUGCACAGCACUAGGAAACCUUCUCGUCUGUCUCGCUGUGAUUUGGGACCGCCGACUUCAAAACAUGACCAAUUAUUUCUUGAUGUCACUCGCCAUUGCAGAUUUCUUGGUUUCAAUUUUGGUGAUGCCAUUUGGAAUGUUAGUGGAACUCUUUGGGCAUUUUCACCUGCGAGCGGAAUUUUGCAUUUUCUGGGUCACCACAGAUGUUUUGAUGUGCACAGCUUCCAUCUGGCACAUGUGUACAAUGUCGAUGGAUCGAUACUUUACCCUGAAAUACCCCAUGAAAUACGGAAGAAACAAGACCAGAAUGACAGUAGCCCUGAAGAUUAUGUUUGUGUGGCUGGUAUCCAUCAUGAUCAGCAGUCCUAUUUGUGUUUACGGAAUUACCGACACCAUCUCCGUUCUAAAUGAAGGUCAAUGCGUUCCAACCAUUCGUGACUUUGUCAUCUAUGGAUCAGUUUUCGCUUUCUACAUUCCCCUAACCAUUAUGCUAAUAACAUAUAUUCUAACAAUAAGAAUACUUCGGAAAAACCAGACACGAAUGAAGAAUAUCGAUAGGUCUGAUUUUAAAAACAUGCAAAGACAUAACGAGAAGUGUGAAAUGAAAACGUUUUCAUGUCCACAAUUGGAGGAUGCUGAUAAGAGCAACUGUCUGAGUGACACUGAUGCCACAGUACUGGUGGGGUGUACACUUUUAAACACCCAAAGGUAUGAUGAAAAGGCGCAACAAAAUCAAACCACUCUUCUUCCUAAUGGAGAGUGUGGGGCCAUUGCUUCAUUCUCAUAUCCAGAAACAUCCCCAAAUCAGAAGUUUCAAUCUAAAUAUCGCAUUUCUUGUGCUGACAACUCAAAAGAAUCUGACUUGGUUCAAUACAAAAUAUCAAAGUCUAUUAUGAAACCAAUUAGAGUGCAUCGGACUGAGAAUGUGAAGUUGGAACAAAGAAAGGUCACUUCAUUAUCUUGUCUGGAAACAAAAAAUAAGGACUACCCCAUCAAUUCUCUGUGUACAAAAUCUCAGAAGUCACACCUUCCACUACCAGGAAGGGGAGAUAAUUUGAUAAGCAUCAACUCUGAUGACUCCUUGGGACAUACAUUGGCAGAAGAGUCUUGCAUGCAAGAGGCUGUUUCAUGUCCGUCUGUAAACACAUCUUGUUCCAUUCUUUCGAACUUGAUUCCCUGUUCUGGUAACGGCCAUUUUCACAGUUGUAGUGACAUUGGCAGAAUGGAUCUAAAACUUGUAGAAUGGAAGGAAAAUUAUUCCAAAAUACAAAAAGAGAUGGACCAAAUUUUGAAAGGGGACUUUGACAAAGAAGAUCUCAAAUGCAACAGGACUCAAAUUUUUGCUCAACCUCAAAGUUCAAUACCUAGUUUUUACCACACAAAAGAAUCCAUUUUGAAUCAUAAAAUUGAAGAACAACAAACUUAUGAAUCCCAUGAAAAUACUAAAGACGAUGAUAAAGACCUGGCUGUGAGGCAAUGGCAACAAACCAGUGACAGAAGUGAGAAUGGAAAGACUUCAACUUCUGAAGUUUCAACUUGGAACACCAGCCAAAGAGAAGUGUCCCAUUCAAUAAAAUGUUCCACAACUAUCAACAACAACACAGUAUUUUCAAAAUGUGAGACAGAGAGAACUUUACUAAAUGUAGCUAGUGGGAAAAGAAGCUCUACAGACUGUCUUUAUGCAUGUCGGAGACAAUCACAAUUCAGCAACAUCAGCAUAUCAAGCCAGCAUUCCAUGCCUCUUUCCGAUUCAGGCGAUUCAAUAAUUGACCCAUCAGAGGUCUCCGACAGCUCUGAAUGUUUGACAAUCAAGUUACAACCUACAACCCUUCAAAUGUACAAACUGACUAAGAAAAAGUCAAGUCCCUCUAGUCCACUACUAGGAUCCAGCAAUACACUUUAUGAUGGUUCAGCACAUCAGAUUUGUAAUGGAAUGGAUAAUCGUAAUGGUCAAACAGGUCAAAAUAUCCCCAAUGGACGGCUCAAAAACCAUACUAUAAACAAGCUCCUUUACAGAUUCAACAAACCUCAGGGAAUGGCUCCUGUUAUGUCCAAGCGUGCAACUACAAAUGAACAAAAAGCCUCAAAGGUGCUAGGAAUUAUUUUUGCUGUUUUUGUCAUUUUGUGGACCCCUUUUUUCACAGUGAACAUUUUGUCUGUGACGUGUCAGAACUGCAUGCAGAAUGUUACUCCAGAACUCAUGUCGGUGUUUGUAUGGAUGGGGUACACAGCUUCUUUAGCUAAUCCUAUUAUUUACACCAUGUUCAACACUGCAUUUCGCAGGGCAUUUAUUCGCAUUCUUAAGUGUCAUAUCUGCAUAAAUGGCUCUCUGCGAUCUGCUGAUAGCACUGUCAUGAGCUACAUGUACCCUAUGUCUCUAAAUGAUAGGAGGAAAAUCUGUGGACAGAUUUCAGUAAAUCGCCAUUCUCCAUUGUGAACACUCCUCUGGAUAUUGUAAUGCCUGAACAUGCUCCACUGACCUGAUAACUUAAAACUCUACACACUACAGUUUGAAUGUCUAUAAUUUAAUAUUCAAACAUCAUAUGAAGCUAAGAUUCAUUCAUCUGUGAUGGGAUAUAAGGGUGAUUUGUAUUGAGGUUUGACUGUAACUUUGACAUCAAAAAUGUGAUUUUAUCAGAGGUUUCUAACUUUAAUGCUGAAAUCCCAUUCAAUCUGAUUUUUCUGUUGUAAUAAAAAAUACUGUGAAAACUCAUUGCCUAAUGUUUUCAAUAAACAUUAAUUUUCAAAACUACAUUUUAUUUCUUUCAAACUUAGUAUAGACUGAUUGAAGAUGGCAACUCUGUGCAGAAAACAAUUUAAAAUUUUCAAAGAUGUUGCAAAAAGUUCUGAAAUAUGUAAUGAUUCCAUAUAUCAAUUUACCACUGUAAUUUAAUCUAUCUGCCAUUACCCAAUAGACACACCGAUACAAGAUCGGAUUUAAUCCGAGAGUACCAAAGUUAAGAUUUUAGCAAUAUUUCAUUAAUCUAUUACAAGACUUCUUUUUAAACAACUAGUAUGUGCAAUGUAACAUUUGUAACUGCUAAUUUUUCUUCAUUCCACUCUAUAUCUGAUGGUCCUGAUAAAGGUCACGACUCCUAUCAGAAUACAGAAAAAUUCAGCCUAGCCAUCAAUUCUCAGUAAUUUAAAACUCUCAUCCAUUUUCCAAAAGGGAAACACACUACACAACAUGAAAUUUCAGUCAUCAACACUCCAUAAGUAUUUCAAAGUCUCAAGUGUAAUGAAGUGAAAAGCUCCUCCUCAGAUCCUGAUGUCUGCACAAGACUGUGAAUAUUAGCUCAAUUUAAUUGAACAAUGUUUCACAGUAGAAGUGUCUCCAACAUCAUUUUUGCUGAAGAGGGACUUAAUAGAUAAAAUCCAUGGCAAGCUUAAUGUCUUCUCCACCCAAUCAAUAGACAUUUCUUGAACCAAAUAGGGUUCCUUUAGAAGCAUGUUCAAACUCUCGUGAGAACAUUAAGACAUAAGUGAAUUUCCUCUUGCUUUGACUGUUUAUGGGUGGCAAAGAUGACUUGCAGGAAGAUUGAAACAAGAAGAAAAAAAUGCAUAAAUUGAAUAAACUAAGAACAAAAGGUUUUCUACUUGACUUUCAGAAAUCAAAGACAAUAUGCUGUUAAUUACUUGAUUGGAAAUUUAGAUAAAGAGAUAGAGACUGCUCCUUCACCGAAUGUCUCACAUUUGAUGAUCUCUCAGAUAAUUUUAAAAACAGAAGUCUCAUAUCACAGCAGCCACUGGCACAUGAAAAAACUCUCACUGCUACAGCCCUCAAGUGCCAUACCUAGGUCAAAUUUUGAGGCACUUUCCCUGCAGGUGAAAACAUCUCUAUUGAGUAGAAAAUUCUCCAAAUAAUAAAAUAGAUACACAAAAAUAUUAACUGAAUUUAUCUACAAAGGUAAAAACACUGGGGGGGUUCUAUUCAUCUUCUUUUUUUUUUUAAAUUAUUUUAUUCAAAUUUUAAAUCAGAUUCACCUGACAUACAGUUUUAUUUAUUUAUUAUUUAUUUAUUCAUUUUUUUUUUCUGUUCAAAGACCCAAUUUUAAGUGACCUCCCUUGAAAUUUAAGAAAACACACUGCCUGUCAACCAAACACAAGACAAUAGGUCAGGCCCAGACAGACAGAUUCACUCGAAUUCAGAUCUGUGUGCAGCAAUUAACUCCAGCCAUAACCAUCCCUUUCUGUGUGCAGCAAUUAACUGCAGGCAUAACCAUCCCUUUCAUCUACCGCAAAACUAAGUUUGACACAUUUUUUUAAAAAAAACUUAUGAUUCGAUACUUAACCAAUUCAUAUAUUAGAAAUAAAUCAGUCACAGUCAAAACGUUACCUGAGAAAAUGUCAUAAA